GUCAUGCCAGCAGCGUCUACUCGAGCCUGAGAGGAAGAUCUCGUGGAUCCGGACAGGGUACGAGCAGGAGAGAAGCCCCUCCCCGCAUAUCAUCGCACCAGGCGAUGGUCCUUUUAACUUCAUUGUUGGAGAAGAAGCGACGCCCCGCUUUGCCACGGCAAAAGGAUCAAACACCCCCUCUGAUCAGCACGACCCACAGUUUUGUUCUCAUGGAAAUCAGACCCUCCCUCUCCGCCACACUUUCUGCAGAGAUGCAAAGUUGAGGCGCAUUCCCAGCCGGGACAACAGAUGAUAAUGAUGUCUUGGAGGAGCUGAUCGUUUCAUUUCAGCAUUUUCCUCCCUGUGUUUCUCUCUCUGCUCUCGGACCGCACACUUUUCUCUCCCCAACAUGCUGCAUUUGGCGCAGCGCAUUGUUUUUUGCGCGCUGCUCGGCUCCGUUUACGCGCCGUGCCCUCCGCGCUGCGAGUGCUCAGAGGCGGCUCACACCGUGAAGUGCGUCUCCAGAGACCUGCGGAGUAUCCCGACUGGGAUCCCCGGAUACACCAGGAAUCUGUUCAUAACUGGGAAUCAGAUCGGGCGGAUCGGUCCGGAGUCUUUUAAAGGGCUGGGGAAUGUGACCAACCUGUCUCUGAGCAAUAACAGAAUCUCCGAGGUGGAAUCCCACACCUUUGCCGAACUCCGCAGCCUCCGCUCCCUGGAUCUGAGCAACAACCAGCUGGCACUCAUCCACCCCGAGGCCUUCACCGUGCAGAACCAGUCUCUGCGGGAACUCAACCUGAGCCGAGCCCUCUACAACCACUCGUCAGUGAUGGACUUGGCCACCUCUCUCCGCUGGAGCUCCCUGGGGACCCUGAAGGGGCUGGACCUCUCUCACAACGGCCUCAUCUAUUUACCCUCACGCAUCUUUUCCCACCUGACCAGCCUGCGGCGCCUCCUGCUUUCCAACAACUCCCUGGUGGCCAUUCACAACAACACCUUCUCGGGUUUGGAGCACCUGGAGGAGCUCGAUCUGACCCUGAACGCCCUGAAGACGAUCCCCGAGGAGGGCCUACGAGAGCUGGACUCCCUGCCUGGUGCUGUUCUUCAGCUGGGGGAAAACCCGUUUACAUGCACGUGUGGAAUCGAACCAUUUGCUCUGUGGCUCAACAGAUCACAGGGACGCAUAAGUGAUGCUGAGGGCCUCGUGUGUGCGUUCCCGGCCAGCAUGAGAAACACAUCCAUGCUGGCUGUGGGCACGUUGACUCUGGGAUGCCAUCAGAGCGGUGCAGGGGCUGACCUUGCUUUGCAGACCUCUUACGUCUUCUUGGGUAUCGUCCUGGGCUUCGUGGGGCUCAUCUUCCUGUUUGUACUUUAUCUCAACCGCAAGGGCAUCAAGAAGCGCAUCUAUGACUUGCGGGACGCCUGCAGGGAGGUGUGGGAGGGCUACCACUACCGCUUCGAGAUUGACUCUGACCCCAGGUUAUCACAGGUCUCCACUAGUGCUGACGUGUGAGAGGACAAUCACCUCUGGUGUUUUUUCUUAUGACUCUUUUCCAAUGCAUUUAUCAGUAGUGACAUGUAAAAAGUGUACAGAUUUUUCUGUAAAUAUAUACAUACAAUAGUGUUAAUUAUCUUUCAGCCUUGUUGUCUAAAGCAUGCACUGCCCAUUUUUCCUCUUUACACAACAAACGCGCUCUUUUAGUACAGAAUAUCCUGGAUUUGUUUGCUCUCUUGAGCUAAACGGACGUGAAUGUUGUACAGGGAGUUUAAUAAGUGACGUCUUAAAAUCACACCUGCUCCUUGUGUCCAUAUGAAAGCAACAGCAAGUGCCUAAAGUCAGCUAGGUAUUGUUUUUAAUCAGCAGAGCG